AUGCCCGGCGCCUUGCCGCGGCUGCUCGCCGGGCCGCUCGCCGCGAGGGGCGCCGCCAUCCUCGCCCGGCGCAGGGUCGCGACGCUGGCGGCAGAGACCCGCGGCCUGGUCGUGGAGGACGAGGACCCGGGGCUCGUCGUCGUCCCGCUGACCGGCGCCAGCACCUCCUUGCCGGACCUGCGCGGCGGGCGCGCGAACGCUUUCAGCCUACGCGGCCGACAUCACGGUCGGCAGCCCGCCCCAGAGCUUCGUGGUCCUCGUCGACACGGGCUCCAGCCACCUCUGGGUGCCUUCCUCGGCCUGCGACGAGGCGCCCUGCAUGGUGCACAGCGUAUACUCCGAGAGCGCCUCCGGCACCGCCACGGCGCGGGCCGCCUCCUGGGUCGCGGAGAGCUUCGCGUCGGGCAGGCUGGUGGGCAAGCCCGUCGAGGACCCUCCCAGGACACCGUGUGCUUGGGGCACUUGUGCAUCCGCGCCGAGCUGCUGUCUGCGCAGGAGUCCGCCUUCCCGUUCCUCGACCUCCCUUUCGACGGCAUCCUCGGGCUGGGCCCGCCCCCCGCGGAAGUCGCGGUGAGCGGCUCGGUGCCGUCCCGCGAGCUGCAGCGCCAGGCGGGCCUCGGGGCCUUCGCGGUGCGCCUGGGCGCCGCGCCCGAGGCGGGCGACGGUGGCCACAGCGGUGGCGAGCUCGUGCUCGCGCGGGACGCGUCGUUGCUGGAGAGGCGCUCCGCCGCCGCGGGGCCGCUGCGGUGGGCGCCCGCACUGGAGGCGCCGCCGCGCGGGGCGCGGGCAGCUGGUGGGUCGUGCCCGUGGUCUCCCUGA